UGCAUGUCACAGUCUCUACAGACUCUGCACUCUCUUUAAUUUCUGGCUUUCCUUCCUUUGUUGCUCUGUCUCUCUCUCUCUCUCUGGUACUAAGACGCAAAAGCAUUUUCUCUCUGGUACUUAGUUACAUGGUUUAGAAGCUUCGCUUUUUGUUUCUUUCUUCGUUUUCUGCGGGCUUUAGGUUUAUUUAGGGUAAGUGAUUCCGUUGGUGAAGCUUUUGUUUGUUGGGUUUGAAAGACACAGAUAUAUAUGGAGAGGGACUUUCUGGGUUUGAGCUCCAAAAAUGUUUCGGCUUCUCAUGUGAAAGAGGAGGCCAAUGAUGAUUCUAACAACUCGGUUCAUAUGAGAGGUUCAGGGAUGCAGUGGUCAUUCUCUAACAAGAUUUCUGCCGGACCCCAGUUCCUGUCUUUCGGGACUUCUCAGGAAGCCAGGCCCAGAAAGACUCAGCAGGAAUCACUGGCAUCAUCUGGAUUCAUGACUAUUUCAACUGCUGAUGUUUUCAACAUUAACCAGCAACCAUACUCUGGCAUAAUCCAGAAUUUGACUUUGGAUAAGCAACUGGGGAACCACUCUGCAAAGACUGUCUAUCCUCGACAAUACUAUGAAGCUCAUUCAGUUCAUUGCCCCCAGGAAAAAUAUCCACAAAAUCAAAGGAAUGCGGUUGCUUUGGGCACUACUGUGCUCCAAUCUCAUCAUUUUCCCAUGGGCCAGAACGUGGUUGGCUCUACCAUAAAACCACAACCUCUAAGAAUUGUAGCUCCUGUUUCUCUUCUUCCAUCCACAGAUUCCAUUGUUGGUACCACUGGCCUCAGGAAUGCUUCCAAAUCCUCUGGGGCACCUGCUCAACUGACUAUCUUUUAUGCUGGUUCAGUGAGAGUUUAUGAUGAUAUUACUGCUGAGAAGGCUCAGGCCAUUAUGUUACUGGCUGGAAUGGGGUCUUCUCCAUCAUAUCAUAAGACACUUUCAACAGCCCAAGAGCCUUCCCCACAUGAUGGUGUGAUUAAAAACCAGUCCCAUACAACACCACUGUUCCCAGGGCUGCCAAACCCUCUUUCUCUUUCAUCCCAAGCUUGUUCUCAGUCUGGAGUAGGGGCAAGUAGAACCAACGAAUUGGAGACAGUCAAACCAAUUGAAGCUUCAUCAUUUCCCCCCAAUCAUUUAGUGACUUCCAAAGUAGUCAGUUGGGUGGAAUGUGCUGGCAAAACCUUAAUCCCAACAGUGGGUCUGCCUCAAGCGCGCAAAGCAUCAUUGGCUCGAUUUUUAGAGAAGCGCAAGGAAAGGGUGAUGCACAUGUUGCCAUACAAUAUCAGCCAGAAAUCUCCAGACUGCACCGCUCGUAGACCAACUGCUGCAUCUCCUCUCACAGCAAUGAAUUAGCCAGAAAGAUGGGGAGCAAAUAAGAGUUGCAAAACACUACUUUCAGUGAUUAAAGGAAAGAUCUUCAUUGGCAUUAAAUGUCAAGCUCUAUUCUUUUCACCCCAAGUUUUGACAUAUAUGACAGAAAUAAUAUUUAGCUUUUUUUUUUUAUUUAUUUUAUUUAUUUUAUUAUUGAAACUAUAAUAUAAAGUCAUUCUAGCUUGAUAGCUUUAUGAUCACUCUUCUAAUUUGUUAUCCGAUUCAUUAUGCUGUAGAAUUAUAGUAUUCUGCUUGGCAACUGAGAUUUUUCAGAAGAGAAUUUUGAGUUUUAAGAUUAAAUAUUAAAAUAUUAUAUUUUAAUAUUAU